AUGUCACUACUCGCUUGGCUUUGGCCACUGCUGCGGCGUGCGGCCGCCCGUCUGGGGUUGGGCACCUCGCCGGGUCCUAGGGUGCAAGCACCGCUGCUUCACUCGGAAGCCGAGAGAGCAAGUGAGGACCACAGGCCUCGUAUCACGGCAGAGGCUGAUGAGACCAAGACGACAUUGCCAGCACAGAUGCCCAGCGAAGGGCCUCCGUUGUUGGACGAGACAUGGUUAAAGGUGCUGUCCUUCCUUUCUCCAGCUGACCUGUGUCGGGUCGGCCCAGCCCAAUGCAAGCUCCAGUCCUUGGCGAACGAUGAGGACACCUGGAAGAGCCUGUGCCAGGAUCGUUGGCGCGGCAAGCAGUGGAUGAAGCCAGGGGAGCUCUUCCGCAACGGCAACUGGGAAGAACAGAUUGUUCCUGAUGGCAUUGGUGUAGACUAG